GCUGGAGUGACUCGCUUUCCUCCCUGUUUUCCAGACGGGGCCUACCACCACGCAUCUCAGAAACUAUGGAUUAUCGGGUAUAGUUGGCAAUCUCCCCUCCAAGCAACUCGAGAGGCAUUGAUAGUUGGACAGGCAUCUAACAAUGAACGAACACGUCAGGAGAUUAGGGGGCACUUUAUAAACGGCUGGCCACCAAGGGAAUCGCUGUGAAACGUUAUCGACAAGUUCGAUGACACGCGUCGCACCGGUAGUGCUAGUGCUGUGGUGUUUAACUGGCUUUCUAAGUGGCUGGUAGUCGGCCGACACGGCGGGAGUGAAAAUCGAGUAGCAUCUCGUUUCAAGAAUGUGUACCACCACGGUAACAUGGUACGAAGAAAAGAAGGAGGCGAAUCAGACAAUGGAGAAGGACGUGGAACCGCUUCCAUUGCCAGUACGAACCUCGGCUAGCCAACGGAUAAUAUGGCGAAAUGUGAUUGGUAUCAUUGUGCUUCAUUUCCUCGCCGUUUACGGUUUCGUGAGCGGUUAUCGAGAUGCCAAGCUUUGGACGUGGAUUUGGAGUUUUGCGUACGGUGUCGUGGCUGGUUUGGGAAUAACGGCAGGAGCUCAUCGCCUGUGGGCGCAUAAAAGUUAUUCCGCCAAGAUUCCUCUGCGAAUAUUUCUUGCUUACUUAUAUUGCAUGGCUGGUCAGACGCAUUUUUAUAAAUGGAUACGAGAUCACAGGACGCAUCACAGAUACACAGAAACAAAUGCAGACCCGCACGAUGCGACCCGUGGAUUUUUCUUCUCUCAUAUCGGCUGGCUGAUGGUUAAAAGGCAUCCAGCCGUGAAAGAAUACGGCAGUAAAAUCGAUAUGAGCGACAUCACUGCGGAUCCUGUAAUAAAAUUCUUCGACAAGUAUUACGAGGUCAUCAUGAUUUCGCUGUGCUUCGUACUGCCGAUAUUGUUGCCGGUGUUCGUGUGGAGCGAAACGUGGUUCAUAAGCGUUCAUGCGAUGCUCAUUCGCUACGUCUGGUCGUUGCACGCCACUUUUAUCGUGAACAGUUUCGCCCACAUGUGGGGAAAUCGACCAUAUAACAGGAGGGUCAAGCCAACGGAAAACCCAACCGUUUCUUUCUUCGCGCUGGGUGAAGGUUGGCAUAAUUACCAUCAUUCUUUCCCGUGGGAUUACAAGGCUGCGGAACUGGGCGCAUAUGGCCUGAAUCCUACCACCGGUUUUAUAGAGCUGAUGGCGCGCUUAGGCUUGGCGUACAAUUUAAAAACACCGAAGAAAGAGCUGGUCGAUCGAACGAUACUGAAGAAGGGCGAUGGAACGGACAGUCUUUGGGGACGUCGGAGACACUGAGAAGAUUUCGUAUCGGGAGCGAUAUAGCCAGAUCGUAAAACGAAGCGUUAAAAUAGGGUCACUAGUUGAUCUAACUACAGCUAGGGUUAUGUGCAUUUUGUAUGCACGCUGGCACUUACGUACGUCAGCUUUCUGAAAUUUCUGACAGUACAAUGAUAAGUCAUAAAAUUGAUAGAAGUCAGAAUUUUGCAAAAUUUGAACUGAUCCUGAGUCGACAUAGUAUAAUCCUGGACGAAGCUCUGGGUAAUUGCUUAUGUCCUUCAAAUUACGUAUUUCAACCGUGUUAUAUAUUUUACUGACCGAUUUUGCGAUCUCACUGUAUCGCGUCCAUUUGAUAUACAUACUAAUUUUUUUUAUAUGACUGCAAGAAGAAAAACAGCAGCCUCGGAUACCAAAUAUUAUUUUUAUAAAGCAACAGUGUGGGGUGAAAAUAUUCUUUUUAUUUAAAUGCUUUUGUAUAUUUUCGUAUUUGUAGAGGGAUUUAUAUGCUUCGGACGUCACGCGAAUCCUUUUGCUGUUAUCAUUCCAGGUUUAUUUAGCGCGUUUUCGCAUCGCGUAUCAGGCCGGGUCAGGUAUAUGGGUGAACACGUACGCGUAUAAUGCUAGGCCGAUGUUUAUGUAGGAACAAAUAGUUUCCUCUACGUGUAUCUAUCGUACUUAUGUUUCUCUCGAACUAAAGUCACCGCAAGUGUUUUUAUAAUGAAACCGAUUCCAGCGAAAUCGGACAAUCGAAAUCUGUUCAAAUAUUAAAUGACGCUGAAAAAACAUCCGUUCGUUGGUCGUAGAACGUAAUCGAGAUAGAUUCGCGUUAAUUAGCAAGGAUAUUGAAUAUUUACGAUGGUAUACUAUAUACUGUAGCGUGCUACAGAGUACAACGAAUGAAACGAAAACGAACAGAAUACCUUCACGGAAGUUCGUCUCGAAAUGCAAAUAGCAUUUGCAAAUGAAACGAAAUAAGGCUUACUUUACCAAGGAACUUUACGAAUUUCCCGUUGUAGCAUACACAACCGUCAGCGCUGAGCUGACAACAAACUUUAAACACGGUUCACCGUUUGCAAGCUCCAAAUUCUGCCACAGCGUUAUAUAGGACGUGAAAAUUAUUUAUUCGAUACUAUGUACUAUACUACUAUAUUUCUGAACGUGAAAAGUAACGUUUCAAGAGCAUUUUCGAAAAUACGAUAGCGGGGCUUGUUACGCAUCGCGUUGUUCAUUUAUUCAAGAAGUCUGUAGGAGUUGUCGAAAAGCGACCUGUUCUACCUUGCUUUAACGGUCAAAGCACCAACGAAGGGUCGUCGUUUUGGAAGGUACGUAAUGAAUGCUGCAGUAAUGAACCGUGUUUAGCCUAUCUAUUCGGGCGUACACCUAUAUACAGCACGGUUAUUUCCGGUAGGUACUCUGUGUUGUCUAUCUCUUUGUCCCUUAAAAUGUCACUUCUUCGUAGAAACGUAAUUAUCGAGUAAUAAGCGUCAAUUUCUCGGCAAUAAAUAAACUUUAAUAUCGAUUAGUCAGAGGCAAAACGCUUCUAAUCGAGUCUAAACCAAUGUUAAUUAACGAGCAUGCAAUCGUCGGAAACGAAACAAUUUCAGAUAAUUUUGGCAUGUUCCGCGUUCGGUAUGCAUGAGGCUCGUGUAAAUUUUCAUCAGGUGAUCAUUAUUGGUCCGUGUUCGGUAAUGAUGGUCGCGCGUAUUUUGCGUACACGCGGCAGCCACUUUCACUUGUCGCGUUCCGACACGCGGCGCUUGCAUAUCGCACGAAUUAUUCAACGAAACGGCGGAAAUUAAUUAUCGGUGCAACAACGGUUACUGAAGCUUUAACGAUGUAGUAAUUACAUGCUGGUUGCUCGCCGUACUGAGAAAACACGUAACCGGUCGUGUUUGCAGUCGUGUAAUAUUUCGCAGAUUUGUAUUAGCUACGCGAUAGAUAUCGCGCAUAGAUUACACGCUUUAUAAAUACCGGCGGCAUUUCUGCUCUCCACGUGUUCGUUCUACGAUAUUGUUCAUUUAUGUUCUAGAUUAUCGUUGGUAUCACCCCCGUUUAUUUUUAGGCAGACAGAGAGGAAAGGAAAAAAAGAAAGAAAGAAAACAUUGCACGAAACUACAGACUAUCGUAAAGUCGGGCAAAAAUACACUACGAGUUUCCAUAAGUAUGACACGAAGGCAGCGCAGUUAUAGCGACUUUUCAUAUUUAUAGCUGGACAGGACAUUGUUUCACCGUAUGUACGGCUACUGGCCUAUAGUAUUUUUAUCUUCGACAGUUAUUCUCGGAUGAUAGGUAGCCGAUAAUAACAGCGUAGAGACUAGUUUUUUAUUAGCUACGCAGUAUCAUCGUUUUGGAAGAAGUAUGCGCUAAAAAUGGAAAAUGGUAAUCGAUGAAUGUUAUAUUUCAGAGACGUAAAAAUGUAUUUCUAAAAAAUCACGCAAUAAUUCGUUGGGCAAAAUUUCUCGUCUAAAUUAAAAUGCAAAGUAGCUCAAACAGAGGGAUGAAUCAUUGCUCUCAUAUCGAGCUAAGGGUAUUUAUAUUCAAACAAGGAUGCCGUGGAAAAUUAACGUUUUUUUUACGAUCCUAUUUGGACAUGACAUUUAUCGAUUCUGAUUACCUUCAAUUACGGUUAUACCUUAGUCGGAAACGAUUUCGCGGAGAAUCACUUCUCUACGUUUCUCCGGUAAUUCUCUCGUGUAUUGAUUAACGAUAAGAGAUGAAAUCAGUGUCUGCGUCCUCACACUAUGCACCGUGUAUUUCUGCCAUUCCCUCGGCAUCGUCGAGUAUUUUCCUCUAUGAAUUUGUUAUGACCAUCGCAAUAGAACGGAUCGAUAAGACACAUUCUGUCUGUGCGCGCCUCUGAUGUGUCUUUUACCGUCGCCUCGAGGCGAUGGAAUAAAUUUGAAUCGCAUAUAUGUACAGAGAAAGAUCGUUCGUUGAUCCGAUACGACUAGAAAAAUCAGAUUUACUUUGUUUCAUUAUUCUUCUCUUGACCAUAUGCAUACACGUUUCUAAUUUGUAAACUUCAUUUAUAUAUGCUACUAACUAUUCUUGAAUUACCUACUGCCAAGAAAAUUUGAGUUACUGAAAAGAAGCGCGUUGCAGCGGAGUUAACGAUUUAAUUAGAAGAGAAUUAUGAUUGUACAGCGCGGUACGGGCUUACAAUAACUAUAAAUAUGGUCACAGUCUUGCACAGCUUAACGCCUUGACGGUGAUACAUCAGACUAGUUAUUAGGCGUUAGCGUGUGCCUAAGUUAUGCAUUAGCGGGUCUUAUUUCGAAAUAUGUCUUUAAAAAAAGAAUUUAUACGUACGGGUGUAAUUUACGUAUAUUUACGGGUAUAAUUACGUAGUAUUAUAUAGUAGUAUUACAGUAGAUCGCUCAAUUUUAUGCUCACAUUUAUUAAAAUUCUAAUUAUACUUAUACACCAAUAAAGUUUACCAGCAGCUG